GCGGAGCCCUGUUUCUGCUGGUUGAGGUAAUAGUAAAUGAAGAAGAAAAAGGCGACUAGACCAGAAAAACCAGUUCCUGACUUCUCGUGAGGAAUGUCAGCAGGAAGUCCCUUAUCAGGAAAUAUGCUUGGCUUGGCUUCAGACUGCUGGAUGCUCUGAUGCCUCUGGCACAUAAGCAAAGAAGACGUCUCCAACGAAGCUCGCUCGAUUCCAUGUGCUGCAGUGGGGACAGAGUUACCGUAUUAUCUCUUCAGCCGAGGCAGACAGGGUAGUCCAGGAUCACCAGCCUGGAGCCUUCCCAAAUUUAUUCAGCCAGUGUUGAGGACAGCUAGCUCCGUACCACGACUCUUUGUGCCGUGCUAUUAAUGAAGGAACUUCUCGUCUUCUGGGCCCUGUGCUCCCUAGUGGGGAAUUCACUUGCAGAGAGAUCACCACUCAUUCAACAACCAAUCUUUUUGUCCACAAACUUUGAAAAUAUCUUCACUUGGAAGAGCUGGGGAGAGCCACUUCCAGGCACAGUGUACGAUGUGCAGUAUAAGAAGUACGGGGAUGCAUGGCAGAACAAAAGCGAGUGCCAAAACAUCACACGCCGCUUCUGCAAUCUCACGCUUGAAACGGAAAACUUCACCGAGUGCUACUAUGCCAGAGUGAGAGCCACUGUCCCUAACUGUUGCGUCUCCGAAUGGGCCGAGUCCUCAAGAUUCUAUCCCCGGGAAAACACCAUUAUUGGGAGUCCUGAAGUGAAAUACACACCCAGUGUUAAUUCAAUAAAGUUCUAUGUACAACCUCCUGCUACCCCUCUGAGAGACAAGGAGAACCAGAUCCUGACCGUCGUAGACAUUUUCAGUCAAAUUGGAACGACCUUUGAAUACGAAUUAACGAUACAUUGCCAAAAGACAAAGCAGGAGUGGGUCAAAGUAAACAACAACAAUGAAUUUGAAAUCUCUGACUUGUAUCCCAACACCGAAUACAAUGGCACAAUACACAUAAGAUAUUCAGACAAAAUCAGCAAGCCUUAUGUUUUUUGGGCAAAAACAUUAUCAGAUACCACCUGGUUUGCAUAUUUGUUCGCGGUAGCUCUGUUUGCGGCACUGUUGAUCUUUGGAACAAUAUAUUACUUCAUUUACAAGUAUAUUAAACAGCACACCGCACAGCAACCCACGUCUUUGGAUUUCAAGGAUAUUUUACGCUCCCAACCUCUCGUGCCGAGAGUGGAAUAUAUUCUGAACCCCUAUGAAUCGUGCAAGCCUGUCCAACUUACUAUAGAGAAGCACCAGGCACAGAUCACCCAACAUCAGGGAGUGUUCAGCCUGACAGAAACAGCUUACCAGAAACAGGCCAACGCACCACUGUUCCAGACCAUUGCUCAGCAUGAAGGUUAUACACCACAAAUGACCAAGAACAACCCACCAUGCACACAAGGUCCUUCGCCUUUAACAUAUGGAGUGUGUUUUGAAGGCACCAGCUCCACCAAAGCGAAUUCUUCAGCAAAUCAAGUGAGGAAGCUCGAUUCUUUAGCUGAGGGCUCCUUGAGCAGCGAGCAUUAUAAAGCACAGCCGCCAGAACAGAUCAAAAGAGAAUUGUGGGGAAACAAGCCCCAACAGAUGCCGGUGCCUGUGUUGGGAGAUGCAGAGCGAACUCAAUGUCUGUUGCUUCAGGAAGUCAUGCAAGAUAUGCCUCAGUUGCUUCCACCCCUUCUGGAAGAGAAAGUACCUGCCACAAGAGGCAACAAGACAGGGAGCUACAGAGAGCAGCCUGCAGAAUUGCUACCAUCUGCGGUGGAAUUCGACCAAAAUGCCAUCUCAGAUGGCAAUCUUCUGUCAAGCGUGCCACCAUCCUUGUUUUCAAAUCGCACCUGCAGCAGCAUCAUUCAAGAUCAGAACCCUGGGCAGUGGGUGGCCUGGGAUUUGACAGCCUGGACGAAUCCCCAGCAUCAGCCUUUGGGACUCCCUGUAUCGGACUGCAUAACUCAAGAGAGCAAGGGGUUGGAAAACAAGCCUGGGUUCAUUGGUACAAACCCAGAUACCUUAGACUCUGCCCACAGCAAUGGGCUCUUCACAAGCCUGUUCAGAGACUUGGAGCUGAAGGUGCAGUGGGAUCAGGCGUCUGAGGAAUAAUGGUUAAUGGAGCGAGGGGAGGCGAUAACACAAGGGAGGUGGAAAUGUCUCCCUCCAAAACAGAGUUGAAAGGAAAUGUCUUUUGCCAGCUGUUCCUGAAUCCUCUUUGUGAAUCACACUUCAGCCCAUUAAAGGAAAACUAAAUGUGGUUGAUAGGUACCCUGCCAACUGGGUGGGUACUGCUGGCAUGAUUAUUCCCAGGUGAUUCUGUCCCUCACACAUUGCUGGUUAGCUUGCACAAGGAAUCCUGACAGUGCUGGUCCUAUCUUGUGGCAGAUACCCCAAACUUGAGUUGCCGGCUGAUAGGGUGUGGGAGGAAACACACAGAUUGGCCUGCCUUUAUGUUAAUUACAGUUUUGCCUGCAAGUCGGGAGGCGACCCUUUACAUGGCCGGGCGAUAAGAACGACCACCUGCUCAUGUCAGCAAAAGAAGCUGCCGCUGUUGAGCAGGAACCACCAGUGUGGCGCCCGUGGGCACCAGGGUGCCCGUGAGUUCCUCUUAUGAUGCUCACGAAAGGUCUCAGUAAAUUUCCACCAAACAAAUCCACAGUGCUUGCAAGAGACUGCUUCUUCUUCUUGCUCUGUUCCUGUUUGCACUGACUUGGCCUCUCCUACAUUGCACAGCGCCCUUAAAUAUGCUCACAUUUCAUUGGAUGCCAGGGCUGGACACCUUCCUGCCCUCCCAUUCUGAACAGAUGAUUGCUGCAAAGAGCUUCUCUCUGUGAGCAAGCAUGGCAGUGGCUGAUGUAGGUACCUUUUCCUCAUGGAUGACAGGACUGUUGAUGGGGUGAAUGCCUCCACCAUUUUGUGGACCUGUCUCUUUUUCUGCUCUUUUAGAUGUAAGCCAUUUUGUGGCAUGUCACAUACCCACGGCGGCCAUUUUCUGACUGGUGUCUGCUUCCUCAAAAUUCCACAUUUGCUCACUGGCUCCUAAAGGUUGGCCGCUCCUGAGUUAAAGGAACAGGAACAGAAGCAGCAGAGACAUUGGUGACUCUUCCCCAGUUCUGUAUUACAUGGGGGGGGGGGCGAGAGAAGUAUGUACUAUCUUUGUACUUUACUAAUAAAUAUUUUUAUUAUUA